CCGCCCCUCUCCCCUUUCCUCCUCCUCCUCCGGGAGCCUUGCCUCCCCUGCACACCUGCCUUGCCAUUUGUCGGCGGCUUUGCUAGGAGGGGAGAAUUUUCCCUCGGUCCCUUGCAGCAUCCCUCCCCAGCACACAUACACACACACGCUCACACACACGGCCGGGCAGAGGCACCGCGCUGCCUGUGCCUCGGCGGCCGCUGGUUCUCCGCACCCCGGCCCCGCUCUCCCCGCCGCCGCGGGGCGUCCUCCGCCUGCUGCAGCGCCGCCGGGCCCGGCAGCCGCCGAAGGGGGGCGGCGGCGGCGGCUCCGCUGCUCCGCGGCCCCGCACCGGCAGCCGAUCUUGGAUUCUGAACUUGAAGCCAUUCUUGAUUAUGUGCUUCUUGAAACUUGGAAAGUGUCUGCAAUAAAUAGUGACAUCAUCUAUGGUGACCGAACAGUUGUUUCCGUGGUGACAAAUUGCAGUGUUACAAGCAUGCUUGUAUGAAUCAGGAUUGGCCAUGAGAAUUUGUAACAUUCCUUUGGAAAUACUGUGAUGGGGCCACUGAGAAGUUACUUUCCUGCAUACAGAUUACAUUAAAAGCAUCCACUUCAAGAAACUACAACUGUGUUUAUUCAAGCUUUGAAUUUGGAAGUAGUGCCGGGAUCCCUGCCACGGCACGCUUGAACCGUGAAACCCAGAGCCUAAUGAGCUGUAUGUGGGCCCUGUGCUUAGUGAUAUCCCAUCUCAAGAUGCUGCUAAUACAGUAGUUAUUCCUAGCUGAAGAAGUCUAACGGGAACAAAAGGAACUGGGGAGAAGCAAUGGCUGCUGCAGCUGAUGGUUUGGGAAGCAUAGCUAUAGACACCACACAGCUUAACAUGUCAGUCACCGAUCCGACAGCUUGGGCUACAGCUAUGAAUAAUCUGGGGAUGGUUCCAGUAGGACUAGCAGGACAACAGCUUGUGACAGAUUCAAUCUGUGUACCAGGCUUUGAUCCAAGCCUUAGUAUGAUGACUGGAAUCACUCCGAUUAACCCAAUGAUACCAGGCAUGGGGUUAGUGCCACCACCACCACCAACAGAUGUGCCUGUAGUCAAAGAAAUAAUUCACUGCAAAAGCUGCACUCUCUUCCCUCCAAACCCAAAUCUUCCACCACCUUCAACAAGAGAGAGACCUCCUGGGUGUAAAACAGUGUUUGUUGGAGGAUUACCAGAAAACGCAACGGAGGAAAUUAUUCAGGAAGUCUUUGAGCAGUGUGGAGAUAUAACAGCAAUUCGGAAAAGCAAGAAGAAUUUUUGUCACAUUCGUUUUGCAGAGGAGUUCAUGGUUGAUAAAGCCAUUUACCUUUCUGGUUACCGCAUGAGAUUAGGAUCUAGCACAGACAAAAAGGAUUCUGGUCGCCUCCAUGUUGAUUUUGCUCAGGCAAGAGAUGACUUUUAUGAAUGGGAAUGCAAACAAAGAAUGCUGGCCAGAGAAGAACGCCACAGACGCAAAAUGGAAGAAGACAGACUGCGCCCUCCUUCACCUCCAGCAAUAAUGCAUUAUUCUGAACACGAAGCUGCUUUGCUGGCUGAAAAAUUGAAAGAUGAUAGCAAAUUUUCAGAGGCCAUCACAGUGCUGCUUACCUGGAUUGAGCGAGGCGAGGUGAAUCGUCGCUCAGCAAACCAGUUUUAUUCGAUGGUGCAGUCAGCCAACAGCCACGUCCGCCGGCUCAUGAACGAAAAGGCAGCUCAUGAGCAAGAAAUGGAGCAAGCCAAGGAGAGUUUCAAAAAUGCCUUAACAGGGAUCCUCACUCAAUUUGAGCAGAUUGUCGCCGUUUUCAACGCUUCUACCAGACAAAAAGCUUGGGACCAUUUCUCGAAAGCCCAGCGAAAGAACAUAGACAUUUGGCGAAAGCAUUCUGAGGAGCUCCGAAAUGCACACAGUGAACAGCUCAUGGGAAUCCGCCGGGAAGAGGAGAUGGAAAUGUCUGAUGAUGACAGUGGUGACAAUCCCAGUAAAAAGCUGAGAGUAGAUGAUUCAGCUCUAGCUGCCCAAGCGUAUGCACUAAAGGAAGAGAACGAUAGUCUUCGAUGGCAGCUGGAUGCUUAUAGGAAUGAAGUGGAGCUCCUGAAACAGGAGAAGGGACAGCUCUUUCGAACAGAAGAAAGCGUUACAAAGGACCAGCAGCUGCAGUUCCUACAGCAGACAAUGCAAGGCAUGCAGCAGCAAUUAUUGAGCAUACAGGAAGAAUUAAAUAACAAAAAAUCCGAACUGGAGCAAGCAAAGGAAGAACAAACACAUACUCAAGCAAUGCUUAAAGUCCUGCAGGAACAGUUAAAAAGCGCCAAGGAAUUAGCAGAAAUCAAUGGGCAUGAUGAAUCUCAAGCAAAUGAAAUCAAUGUAUUGACAGUAGCAUUGGUCAACCAAGACAGAGAAAAAAACUCAGAGAAACGAAGCCCGGGUCUAAAAUCAGAGAAAGAGGCACUGUUAAUAGGUAUCAUAUCCACAUUUCUUCACGUCCACCCUUUUGGAGCCAAUAUAGAAUAUCUUUGGUCUUAUAUGCAGCAGUUGGACUCUAGGAUCUCUGCAAAUGAGAUAGAAAUGCUUUUGAUGAGACUGCCACGCAUGUUUAAACAAGAAUUCACUGGUGUAGGAGCAACACUGGAAAAGAGGUGGAAGUUUUGUGCCUUUGAAGGAAUUAAAACUGUCUGACUGUGACUAGUAAUGAAGCUAUGCAGAAGAAGAAUUCCUAGAGCAUGGCAGGGUUAUAAAGUAUUAAAGUAAGAAAUUUGGGUUUGGGCACAUAGUAGUAUGUUUUCAAAGUUAUCCAAGCCUAAUUUUAGUUACAUUUGUGACGUUCUCUUGUGAGUGGAAAUGUAGUUGUGCACCAGUUCCUAAAAUAAAAUAAAACAAAAUUUAAAAAAAAGUUUCAAAAUGUGACAGAUUGUUUCCUAUGAAAACUGGAGAAGAUACCACAGUCAUAAUGAUUUCAAAAUACUACAUGUCCUAUAUCUAAGAAAAGCUCAUUGAGCAAACAGUUAAGGAGAAAGAUUGCCCGGUUAUGGUCACUAAGCUACAGCGAUGUAUGUGUAAUAUGUAGUAGAACUCAUUAAGUUUUGGUAUAGAAAAUUCUUUCUGUUUAGUAAGAAAAUUGAGUAAUUUUACAGUGAGGAAAAGCAUACCAAAAGAAAACUUGAAGAUGUGUCUGAAGUUAUUGUAUUUUGUAAAUUAAGUUAUAUGCUGUACCAGGGAUUUUUGCCUUAUUGAAAGAGGCCUGAAAAUGUGAUUGGAGUCCUCAAGAAUGCUUUAUCAAGAAUAUUAUUUUUCUAAUGUAACUAUUCUCCAUUACAAGUUCUUUUAACAUGGAUUGCAUACCAAUUUUCAUAAACAUGUAAAUAGGGAGGAAACCAGUGUUACUGUAUUGUAUUUGGUAUGUAACAUUCAGGUUUAUGCAUCAAAAUGAAUAUUCAGUUGCAUUACUGUUACAAAUUUUAUAGCAGAUAUAUUAAUUUUUAUCAAUAAAUAUUACUUCUACCAUA